AUGGAGGUAAAGGUUUGGGCUGUGUGUUUGGUUUGGUUGAUCUUGGGGCUCCAUCCAUUAUGGCUAGUUUCUGCUAACAUGGAAGGUGAUGCAUUGCAUAACUUAAGGACAAAUUUAAAUGAUCCUAAUAAUGUUCUACAAAGUUGGGAUCCUACUCUUGUCAAUCCCUGCACCUGGUUUCAUGUCACCUGCAACAAUGAUAAUAGUGUUAUAAGAGUUGAUUUGGGAAAUGCAGCUUUGUCGGGGCAACUAGUUUCACAGCUGGGAUCGCUCAAGAAUUUGCAGUACUUGGAACUCUACAGUAAUAACAUAAGCGGACCUAUUCCUAAUGAUCUUGGAAAUUUGACUAGCUUGGUGAGCUUGGAUCUUUACUUGAACAGUUUCACGGGUCCGAUCCCAGAGACAUUGGGAAAGUUGUCAAAGUUGCGAUUUCUCCGGCUUAACAACAACAGCUUGACUGGUCCCAUUCCAAUGUCAUUGACUAAUAUUUCAUCACUUCAAGUAUUGGAUCUGUCAAAUAAUCGGCUUUCUGGGGUGGUUCCAGACAAUGGCUCUUUCUCAUUAUUUACUCCCAUCAGUUUUGCUAACAACAUAAAUCUAUGUGGACCCGUUACUGGGCGUCCUUGCCCAGGAUCUCCUCCGUUUUCUCCUCCUCCUCCAUUUGUCCCGCCGCCACCAAUUUCUUCACCGGGUGGGAACAGUGCUACUGGGGCAAUUGCUGGAGGUGUUGCUGCUGGUGCUGCCUUACUGUUUGCAGCCCCUGCAAUUGCAUUUGCUUGGUGGCGUAGGAGAAAACCCCAAGAAUUUUUCUUUGAUGUUCCUGCUGAAGAGGAUCCUGAAGUUCAUCUGGGGCAGCUUAAAAGGUUUUCACUACGAGAAUUACAAGUUGCAACUGAUAGUUUUAGUAAUAAAAACAUUCUGGGUAGAGGUGGAUUCGGCAAGGUCUACAAAGGGCGCUUGGCAGAUGGUUCACUUGUUGCUGUAAAAAGAUUGAAAGAAGAGCGUACACCUGGUGGGGAGCUGCAGUUUCAAACAGAGGUGGAGAUGAUCAGUAUGGCUGUGCAUCGUAAUCUUCUUCGUUUACGUGGAUUUUGUAUGACACCUACUGAACGGUUACUUGUUUAUCCUUAUAUGGCAAAUGGAAGUGUUGCAUCAUGUUUAAGAGAACGUCCUCCAUCACAACCUCCUCUUGAUUGGCGGACACGGAAGCGGAUUGCAUUGGGAUCUGCUAGGGGUCUUUCAUAUUUGCAUGAUCAUUGUGAUCCAAAGAUCAUUCACCGUGAUGUGAAAGCAGCAAAUAUUUUGUUGGAUGAGGAGUUUGAGGCUGUUGUUGGGGACUUUGGUUUGGCUAAACUUAUGGACUACAAGGAUACACAUGUAACUACUGCUGUCCGAGGCACCAUUGGUCAUAUAGCUCCAGAGUACCUAUCCACUGGGAAAUCAUCGGAGAAAACUGAUGUCUUUGGAUAUGGGAUUAUGCUGUUAGAGUUAAUCACUGGACAAAGAGCCUUUGAUCUUGCUCGUCUUGCAAAUGAUGAUGAUGUCAUGUUGCUUGAUUGGGUGAAAGGGCUUUUGAAGGAGAAAAAGUUAGAAAUGUUGGUUGACCCUGAUCUGCAGAACAAUUAUGUGGAAUCUGAGGUGGAGCAACUAAUCCAGGUUGCACUGCUUUGCACACAAGGCUCUCCUUCAGAGCGGCCUAAAAUGACAGAGGUGGUGAGAAUGCUUGAAGGUGAUGGGUUGGCGGAGAGGUGGGAUGAGUGGCAAAAGGUGGAAGUUCGCCAGGAGUUGGAACUCGCUCCACAUCCUAAUUCCGAUUGGAUCGUUGACUCCACAGAAAAUCUGCAUGCAGUUGAGUUAUCAGGUCCAAGGUGACCCUGACACAGUUACAAGUUAAGAGAGGAAAGAUUUACUACUUAAUUUUUUUUUUUUUUCUUUUUUAUCAUAAUUUUUUUUUUCUUUUUUAAAUUUAGUGACCGUAUCCUGAUUUCUGUAAGCCCCAUUCUGCAUUUGUAUUGAUUACAGUUGUGAAUAUGAGUCAGCUUUGUUGAGGUGCAAUUUGUAUCACCUGCUGCAGUUUGACAUAGUCUUAAUGUUUCUAAAUAUACAUCCAUUCUGCUGUGGCAGCUUAUUUGA